CAGCUCUCGCCGCGUUUAUUUUUGCCGGUGACUGAGCUGAGGCGGCCUCGGCGCGGCCGCCGUGACUCACCCGGCACCGGGAGCUCUGCGGGGCUGCGGAGCCGGGGGCUGCGGUGGGCAGGGGCGAGCAGGGAUUCGGGGAUGCUGGGAUGAGCAGGGAUUCGCAGCGAUUCAGGGAUGCUGAGCCAUGUAGGGACGCCAGGAUGAACAGGGAUGAAGAAGGAUGCGGGGAUGAGCAGGAACGCAGGGAUGAGCGGGAGGUGCAGCUUUGCUGGGCUGUGGAAGGAUCCUGGGGUCUGCAGGGGUGCAGGGAUUAGCAGGGAUCUGCAGGGAUGCAGGAGUAUGCAGGCAUUCAGGAAUGCAGGCAUUCAGGAAUGCAGGGCUGCGGGGAUGUGCAGGGAUGCAGGCAUGCAGGGCUGUGCAGGGACUCGGGAAUGACGGGAUCCAGGAAUUCAGAGGUUUAGGGAUGCAGGGACACGCAGGGUUUCGGGGAUGCAGGAAUGCGGGGAUCCCUCCCGCCCCUCUCCCUCUCCCUCUCCCUCUCCCUCUCCCUCUCCUCUCCCUCUCCGCAGAGCUGUCCCGGGAAGGUCCCCGCGCCCCCCGCGCCCCGCAGCACCGGGCAAGGAGCGGGGAUCCCCAAGGACAGGCGGGAGCGGUACCGGAACCGGCAGCGAUGCCCGUGGAGCCCCUGGUCUGUGCCCACACGGCCACGCGGUCUCCCAGCUGCACAUCCAGUUCCAGGGGGGCUUCUCCAGCCGGCUGUGCACGCUGGAAGGCUGCAGAACGGGCGAGGAACUGGUGAAGAUAUCCGAGCUGUACCCCCAGGACAGCCACGCCAUGCAAAGAUUCCAGGUGCAGGAGACGGUGCUGGACAAGCUGAAAAUCACCUUUGGGAGCAGCACGGAUUUCUUCGGGAGGGUGGUGGUCUAUCACCUGGGGGUGCUGGGGGAGAGGCUCUAGGGGGACCCCGGGGCUGUCCCCUCUCUGUGCCCUCAGGUGACACCGGUGAGGCUGUGCUGGGCCACAGGCGUGGAAUGGGAUCAAUAAACGAUCUUCCUGUUUUUUCCUGGGA